ACCUAAUCUGGUCUCUCAGAGAGAGAAGGGAGGGGCGAGAGGGAGAGGGAGAGGUGCAAGCUGUGUUUCUAUGGGGAUACAACACGAAGGGGGCCAAUCUGACGGCGCAGGAAGAAGACAAGCACACCAACUCACUUAGAUACGGACAGCUGAUAUAGAAGAAGGAUCUCAGUGCUCCAAAAUCCCACACAGAUGGCUUCUAGCGGCCGCGGACCUUUCUCAAUCCAUGUGGUGGUCGUCGUUCUUGUGCUCCUUCAGCUGCUUGCUGCCGGUGCUCCUGUCGUCUCGGCGUCAGCAGCGAACAACACGUUGCGUCCUGGCGAAGAGCUUCCCAAGUAUCGGAGGAUAAGAGCGCAUCUUAAGAGGCUCAACAGGCCUUCUCUCAAGACAAUUCAGAGUCCGGAUGGCGAUCUCAUAGACUGUGUUCCCUCACACCUCCAACCGGCAUUCGAUCAUCCCAUGCUGAAAGGAUCGAAACCUUUGGAUCCACCGGAGAGACCCAAAGGCCAUAAAGCCGGUGUCCCGACCGACGACAACAUCCAGUUAUGGAGAACAUCGGGAGAGACAUGCCCAGAAGGAACGGUUCCGAUCCGAAGAACCAAGGAAGAAGACAUCCUGCGAGCCAGCCCUGCACGAAGAUUCGGAAGAAAGCCAGUCUCAAGAACACGGAGAGAUUCCGAGGGCAGUGGACAUGAGCAUGCUGUAGGGUAUGUCGCGGGAGAUCAAUAUUAUGGUGCAAAAGCCAGCUUGAAUGUGUGGGCACCGCGGGUGGCCAGUUCUUCUGAGUUCAGCUUAUCACAGAUAUGGGUCAUCUCCGGAUCAUUCGGCAGCGAUCUGAACACCAUCGAAGCUGGAUGGCAGGUCAGCCCGCAGCUCUAUGGAGAUAGUUCUCCAAGAUUCUUCACUUAUUGGACGACCGAUGCGUAUCAAGCAACAGGCUGCUACAACCUCUUGUGCUCGGGCUUCGUCCAAACCAGCAACAGGAUUGCUGUUGGAGCUGCAAUAUCUCCCACCUCGAGGUAUAAUGGGGUGCAGUUCGAUAUCAGUCUACUAAUUUGGAAGGAUCCAAAACAUGGAAACUGGUGGCUAGAGUUCGGCUCCGGCGUGCUGGUGGGCUACUGGCCGUCCUCCUUGUUCAGUCACCUGGCCGGGCAGGCCACCAUGGUGCAGUUCGGUGGAGAGAUCUUUAACACCCACGCUUCGGGGUUCCACUCCUCCACCCAGAUGGGCAGCGGCCACUACGCCCAAGAAGGAUUCGGACGAGCUGCUUACUUCCGCAACCUGCAGGUGGUGGACUGGGACAACAGCUUGAUCCCGGCGGCCAACCUCAAAGUCCUCGCCGAUCACCCAAACUGCUACGACGUGCAGGCGAGGCUCAACACCGCCUGGGGAAACUACUUUUACUUUGGAGGACCAGGAAGAAGUAUCAGAUGCCCUUGAGCGAUCUCCUUAUUCUUUGCCUGAGUGGGUCGAUGCUGUUCCUCUUUGUCAACCUACAACUUUUAGGUUCUUUCCAGAAAGCAUAUCUUCUUCCCAAUGAUUCUUCUUUACCUUCUCACCUGUACAAGUGUGUAUCAGAUGCCUGUAAAUUCCGAGAAAGGUUAAGGUGAAAGUAUACAACCAGUUCUGCACUUAAAACAACUGCGUCCAGUUCAAUUCUUUUCCUUGUGAUUUAGACUUGCAUUUCCAUUCCAAACCAAAUAAAUGUCCUUAUCCAUGUAGUCGAGAA